AUGAUGCGACUUUUUAUUUUUAUAAUAUUCUUACUGAAUUUGAAAUUAUGCGAAACAGAAAAAGACGAAUGGGAUAUUUAUGAUGAUGAAAAUUUAGCGUUGAGUAUUCCAUCGGAUGCGCAGGGAAAACCUAAAGAGUUUCGGUAGGAAAAUAGUGAUUUAUAUAGUGAAGAGGCGAAGAGAUUUGCCAGAUGUUUCACCUGUGAAGACAAAUUUUUGAUUUAUUUAUUUUCUUUUAUUCAGAGACCAAGUUUUGAUGGAAAUGAGAAUUCGAGCAAAGCCGCGAGAUGUUCCCGAAAAUCAUUGUUAUUGUAAUUAUGGACCACUACACUGUGAUUCAAAUUAUACUUGUAUAAAACAUGACAAAGCUGCAUGUUUUCAUUCUAUUGAAGAGGUAUGAUUAAAGAGAGAAAUUAGAGAAAACAUCUAACUUUUAAAUGAAAGAUCAAUCUCAAAAAACUCAAGAAUUCUACAUUUUUUAUAUUUAUUUCAGAAAUAUAACAAGCAAGAGAGAAGAAUGGAGACUUGGCAUAAAUUCGGAUGUGCUAGUUUGGAGCGCGGAAGUCAAGCAUCACAUUUGCAGGUAAGAAAAUUCUCAACUAGAAAAAAAUCAGAUUCAGAAUGUUCUUGUAAAAUCCAAAGUAGUUUAUUCCUAUUUGUCUACCUUGGUCCGAUUCAUUCAAACAUCCUGAAUAGUGACAGUCAUUCAAAUUUCAGUGUAAUCAAUGGCGAACAACCCAUCAAACACCUCGUUCAAUUGCUUGUUGUUAUGAAGGAAAUUAUUGUAAUCGUGAUAUCGAACCUCCAUCAUACGCUAAUAUUUUUCAUAAUGGUAUAUUAUUAUUCUUUAUAGUUUUCCAACUCAAAAAAUGCUUAAUUUUCUAGAAAAACCAUCUGAAUCUCAUCCGCCAUUACUCUCUUUCAAAGAUGGAUUGAAAUCUGAAACUGGAAUAUUUUUAUUCAUUCUUCUUGCACUCAUAAUUAUUCUCACAUUCGCUAUUUUCUUUUUACUUUCAAUUGCUUAUUAUCGAAGAAGUGAGUUUUUGUCUCAAAAAAUCCAAUAAAUCAAAUAUCUAUAUUUCAAGAAAACAUCAAAAAGGCUUCGAAAACAUUAUCAAAUAUGACAGAAAAGGAAAUGUUAUAUUACGAAGAUUCUGGAAGUGGUUCAGAACAAGCAACAUUACUUCAAAGAACUGUUCGACAAGAUUUAUCGAUUAUUAAAACAAUUGGACAAGGAAGAUAUGGAGAAGUUCGAAAAGCGGCUUAUCGAGGAAGAUUUGUGGCAGUUAAAACAUUUUAUACAACUGAUGAAGAUAGUUGGAAAAAUGAAAGAGAUGUUUAUCAAACUCAUAUGAUUAAUCAUGAAAAUAUUUUACGUUAGUUUGUUUUUUUCAUUUCCAACAAAAACUAUUCCUAAAAUUGUUUCAGAAUUUGUUGCUGCUGAUAUUUGGAGUGAAGAAGAUUCAAUGACAAAAAUGCUAUUAGUAGUUGAUUAUCAUGAACUUGGUUCACUUUCUGAUUAUCUUCGACGCGAACAAACAUUAACAACAGACGAAGCACUUCGACUUAUUCAUAGUUGUAUUUGUGGAAUUGAACAUUUGCAUACAGCAGUUCAAGGAACUGGAAAUUAUCGAAAACCUGAAAUUGCACAUCGUGAUAUUAAAUCGAAAAAUAUAAUUGUGAAACGAGCUGGUGUUUGUUGUAUUGCUGAUCUUGGUUUAGCACUUCGUUGUGAUAUUGAUUAUAAAAUUCUUCCCGAAAAAUUCAAUGUUCAAGUUGGAACAAAACGAUAUAUGGCUCCUGAACUUCUUCGGAAAACUUUAGAUCCCUCAGAAUUUGCUCAAUUCAAAAUGGCAGAUAUUUAUUCAAUGAGUUUGGUAAUGUGGGAAGUUGCAAGAAGGGUUGAGGUAUGUUUAUAGAAUGUCUGUUAGUGUAAUAAAAUUAAUGCAUUUAGGAUACAACAGCAAUCGGAAUGAUAAAUGUUGACGAAACCUUGAAUGAUCGAUCUGAAUCGAGUGGAUUGGGUGAUUCUGUUUCAUCAGAUGGUGGAGUUCGAGUUCAUCGACAAAAAGCGAGUUUGGAAGUUUCAUUAAAAGCAAAACCAUAUAUGCCACCAUUUGAUGGAGUUGUUGAAUUCGAUCCAAGUUUCGAACAAAUGUUGGAUGUUGUUUGUGUUAAAGGACUUCGACCUCCGAUUGAAAACGAAUGGGUCAAAGGUAUGGAAACUGAACCCGUGGUUUAACUAUAUGUUAUUUGUUUUUCUAGGCAAUAAUAUUGCACUUUGUCAAUUGAGCCAACUUAUGCGAGAUAGUUGGCACAUGAAUCCACAUUAUCGACACACAGCUUUGAAGUUGAAGAAGGAACUAAACAAACUAAUUGAUCUUGUUGACAAAAUGGUUAGUGAAUUUUAGAAAACAUUGAAGGAUCUUUUUAAGAAAUUGAUUCCGGCGUGUGUAACUUCUUACUACAAAUCUGUUCUCCCAAAAGUUAAUUUCCAGAAUCGAGGUCACAAAACAAGUAUUACAAAGAAUAUGUCACAAGAUGCCGACAGUGGAAUCUAA